AUGUCUGCUGUGGACGAGUCCGGCGAAGCCUGGAAGCCGUUCCUCAUGCGGUCUAGCACUCCAGGCCCCAACGAGAAAGUCUUGAACUGGGUCGAAACGAUGAGCCGCGAAGGCGUCGACACCACCCCUCCCGCAUCCCUCUUUGGACACGACGGUCCACGCAGCCGUACUCCCUCGCAGCGUGCCCCCUCCAAUGCUGGCCCAUUUUCACCCGCCAAGAGUCACCGCAGCGAGCUGCGUAACGUCCCCGAGAAUGGAGACGAGAUUGACUCCAACGCCCAGGAGCGGUCGGACGCCGGGCAGACGGAGACUCCGGCGCACGAGCCAGGCCCCCAGGAUCCCCCUGGGCCACGCGCAAAGUACGAAUCGCAAGAGACUGCACCCUCCUUCGGCAACAAGGGUCCCAUGCCGGCUGAAGACAUCUCCUUCACGAACCCCUACGCUCCCACAUGGCAGCCCAACUGGGGUGCCCAGUCCAAUACUGCCACCCCCCGUAAUGGUGCGGCGAACGGGCUGCCGACUUCUCCCUCCAAUGGGGCAGCGGGCGUUGCGCUUCCCGCAUCGACCGUUGGCCCAUCCAGAGUGGCGUCUCCGCAGGAUACGAUCAACAUCGCGGUCGAAAGUCCAUCACAGUCUACCAAGUCUCGGACGCGGUCACAUGCACCGACGGCUUCCCAGCACGCGCCUUCCGAAAGGGCUCGAAGCCCCCCAACUUCGCCACGACCUGCAUCACGCACAGGGACAGCGCAGCCACCCCCGGAGGAACCAUGGUCUCCCAAGUCUCAAGCGAGGUCGCGUGUGACUGCUGCGAAGAGCCCGACCGGCUCCCAAUACCCACCACUCCCUUCAACAAGGAAUGGCGGCGACGACUGGGACGCACCCAUGUCCCCCAAAUCGCAAGCUUACUCCAAGGCGCCCUCCGUCUCCCCCUCGGAUUCCCUCUCCCAAUUCAAGCCCCGCAAAGACAAGUCCGUUAACGGCAACAGUCGCGCCCCGCCGCCUGCGUCGGUUAUGUCUGGGGGGAACCACCAGAACCGGCCCUUUUCGCCCUACCGGCACGCGCCGACGAACGAGGACCUGCUGCACGCGGCGACGCGUGGCCGCGGGCUCGUGAUACCGGAGGAGAGCGAGAAGGCGCUGUCGACGAUCGAGGAGAAGCGCUCGAAGGCGCCAAGCGCGGCCCCCUCUGCCGCAUCCCGCCACACGAAGCAGCCGUCCGUGGUCUCGCACGCGCGAAGUAAGCAGCCGACGGUCGUCACGCAGCAUUCGCAAUCCCCGAGCAAGGCGCCGAGUAAGGCCAAGAGCCCGCUCAGCCCCACGCGCGAGGCGGACGACCUGAACGCGGACGAGGCACGGAUGGUGGAGGACGUGCUUGCGAAUAACCACCAUGGGGAGACGCCGCGGACGUCGUACUAUGCGGCGUCGGUGCUAGAGCCGGAUGUGGUGAACUCGCAUUUCCACGAUAACGAUCUUUGCGUGCUGUUGCACCAGGAGAGCGAUCCGAAUGUGCAUGAGGUGGUGAAACGGGCGUUGAGAAAGGCGAUCAGGCAGAGGGUCAAGAAGCUGGGGAUGAAGAUCGACAAUGAGUCGAUCAAGGAGUAUAAGCGUGCCCAUGCCCAUGAUGGCGACGAGAACGGCGACUUCAACAAUGAGGAACCGCCCAAAUGGGCCGCCGACAUCAAGCGCGAGCUCGUGCUCAUGCAGCAGCGCAUCGAGAGCCUCGGACCCAAGAUCGAGAACCUCCGCCCCGCUUCCCCUGGGUCCUACCAAGCGGACUCGCGCUACGACCAUGCCUAUGAGGGCGACGAGACGCGCACGCCCAUGACACAGACGGUGAACAUCCACACGCAGCCCGGCACGCUCGCCGACUCCAUGUACCAGCCGCCCGAGAGCGAGCUCGUCGUCGACGAGGAGCCCGUGGACAACUUUGACGAGGCGGACCGCGAGUUUAACCACACCCCGACGCCGCGCCAGCCGUAUCCGGGCUCGGCGAACCAUGAGUAUGGCUCAGAGGGCCAGCGGGACGACUCGCCGGGGCAGAUGUUCCUCGAGGAGGAGCUGUAUAAGCUGAGGCAGAAACCGUCGUCGGAGGUGCAUUCGCCGUUGUCGCAUGCAAGCUGGGAUGUGAAGCCUGCCGGCGAGCCGGAUGAUGAUGACCACAAUGCGCCUGCGCCGUCUGGUCUUCCUACCAUCCCCGACUCGAACGCGGACGCGUACUCUGACCAGCGGGCAGCCUCGCCGCCCCUGCCACCAGUACCGCAAAACCAGCUCGCCUCCCCAGGUCCGCAAUCCCCGCAGGCAUGGAACCCCGCAGACGUCAGCGCCGAAGCCCAGCAGCUGCCCCCCUGGCAGCGCAUCCACCAGCGCCUGCUCAACUGGGCGAUCAUCUGGCCGUCCAGCGAGCUCGACGCCGCGCUCAACAGCACUACGCGCGGGCACCAGGUCGACGAGGUCGCGCUCAGCAUCUGGGCGACGCAGACGUACAAGCGCUACGUGCGCGCGCGGCUGAUGGACUCCCCGCCGGGCGUCGUCGAUCGCUUGUUCGUGCCGCCGAAUAUGGCGGACGCGAUCAGCAACGCGGUGUUCAAUGGCCGGCAUGGGGAUGCGUGUGGGAUGCUGAGGGAUCUUUGGCAUCCGUUUGGGCUGGAGGGCAUGCCGCGGUUGCUGGUCGUGCUCGCGAAGCACCGCUCGGAUCCGAACCACUGGGUGGUUCACAGAUUCUCCCUCCCCGACGGCGCGCUCACCACCUACGACACCUACCCGGAGCGCACCCUCCCCGAUGGCCGGCCCCUCGGGUGGUGGUUCGCCAUCCGCAUCGCCUGGCCGAACGCGAUCUACCCCUCCCCGGAUCACCUCAUGCAGAAGAUGGUCCGCCUGCACCGGCCGAUGCAGCUCCCCAUCGACAACUCGGUCGCGGCGGCGGGCAUCUGGCGCAACGUGCUCAUGGGCUCGCGCGCGGAGCGCAGCUUGGAUCUGGAGCGCCUGCGCGAUCUGAUCAAUACGGAGGUGAAGAAUUUGAGGCAGAGGAAGCAGGUGGGCAAGCUGUCGAUUGCGUCGCCGAGGCCGGCGUGGCAGGAUAUGAGCUAA